AAACCAUCUGUCCUUGGAUCCUGCCAGCAACAGCAAGUCUGUGCCGUUCGGCAGCGCUGCCAGCCCGCGGGUGUCGGAAAGCCCGGCCGAGAAUGGAAGCGAUCCGGGCAAGAAGAGGAAGAGAACAAACGUUCCUCCAGAUGGUGGCAGAAAUCUAAGCCUCAACUCCAUUUCGAUGGGCUUGCCAAUGUCCGACCCCGCUGCCUGGACCACUGCGAUGAACAACCUGGGGAUGGCUCCCAUGGGGAUGACGGGACAGCCCCUCCUGCCUGAUUUUGAUCCUGCUCUUGGGAUGAUGACUGGAAUCCCUCCGAUCAACCCCAUGAUGCCAGGCUUGGGGAUCGUCCCACCUCCCAUCCCCCCGGACAUGCCUGCUGUGAAGGAGAUCAUUCACUGCAAAAGCUGCACUCUCUUCCCACCUAACCCACAUCUUCCCCCUCCAGCAACAAGAGAGAGGCCCCCAGGGUGUAAGACAGUGUUUGUUGGAGGAUUACCGGAAAACGGAACAGAGCAGAUCAUUAUGGAAGUGUUUGAACAGUGCGGGGAAGUCAUAGCUAUUCGGAAGAGUAAGAAGAAUUUCUGUCAUAUCCGCUUUGCUGAGGAGUUCAUGGUGGACAAGGCGCUUUAUCUUUCUGGCUAUCGCAUCAGGCUGGGCUCCAGCACUGACAAGAAGGAUACCGGGCGCCUGCAUGUGGAUUUUGCACAGGCUCGGGAUGAUCUGUACGAGUGGGAAUGUAAGCAGCGGAUGCUGGCGAGAGAGGAGCGCCACCGCAGGAGGCUGGAAGAGGAGCGCUUCCGCCCGCCCUCCCCACCUCCCGUCGUCCAUUACUCUGACCACGAGUGCAGCGUUGUCGCUGAGAAGCUGAAAGAUGACACAAAAUUCUUGGAGGCCAUCCAGACCUUGCUGACCUGGAUAGAGCGCGGAGAAGUGAACAGGAGGACCGCCAACAACUUCUACUCCAUGAUCCAGUCGGCCAACAGCCACAUUCGCAGACUGGUGAACGAGAAAGCAGCUCACGAGAAAGAGAUGGAAGAAGCUAAAGAGAAAUUCAAACUCGCUCUCUCAGGGAUUCUGGUUCAGUUCGAGCAGAUAGUGGCCGUGUACCAUUCUGCCUCCAAACAAAAGGCUUGGGACCAUUUCACGAAAGCUCAGCGUAAGAACAUCAGCGUGUGGUGCAAACAAGCAGAGGAAAUUCGUAACAUUCAUAAUGAUGAACUAAUGGGUAUUCGAAGAGAGGAGGAAAUGGAAAUGUCUGAUGAAGAAAUAGAAGAUCCAUCAGAGAUGAAAGAAACGGAAGAAUCAGCACUGGUAUCACAGGUGGAAGCCCUGAAAGAAGAAAACGACAGUCUGCGCUGGCAGCUGGACGCCUACCGCAACGAGGUGGAACUGCUAAAGCAGGAGCAAGGCAAAGCGAGCAGGGAUGAAGACACAACCAAGGAGCAGCAGAUGAAGCUUCUCCAGCAGGCUCUGCAGGGGAUGCAGAAGCAUCUUUUGAAAGUACAAGAUGAAUACAAAAAGAGAGAAGCUGAGUUGGAAAAAGUGAGAGAAGAGAAACUAAAAAUAGAGACAUUAUUAGAAAACCUGAAGGAGCAGCAAAGCAUAGCGGAUGAAGAGGACAAGGAGAGAGAUGCAAUUGAUUGUCAAGGGAAUGAGAGCAGUACGUCCAGAGUUUGUGCAUGCAGCCAGGAGAAGGAAUGUCCGGUUGAGAAGACGUUGAGCAAUAGUCCUGUGAAGUCUGAACGAGAAGUUCUCUUAGUUGGAAUAAUUUCAACGUUUCUUCACGUGCACCCAUUCGGAGCGAGCAUAGAGUACAUCUGUUCCUACCUGCAGCGCCUGGACAGCAAAAUUUGCACUGCGGAAGUGGAAGUUCUCAUGACUCGACUCCAGAACACGUUCCGGCAGGAGCUGAGCGGGGUUGGGGCCAGCCUGGAGAAAAGGUGGAAGUUUUGUGGCUUUGAUGGACUGAAAAUGACUUGA